AUGUGUGGGUACUCGCAGUCAGAAAAUCUGAUGAGAUUGCAGAGAUGUCUCAAAGGCAAGGCGCUGGAAGCUGUGAGGAGCAAUCUGCUGCUACCUUCAUCGGUCCCGAAGAUUAUGGAGACGCUGGAAACGUUGUUUGGGAGCCCAGAGCGUCUGGUCCAGUCGCUGCUCAACAAGGUGCGCAGUGUCCCCACCCCAAAAGCGGAAAGACUGGAAACGCUGGUCAAUUUUGGUCUCGUUGUCCAGAAUCUUGUUGGCCAUCUCAAGGCCGCUAACCAGCAAGCCCACUUAACCAAUCCGACCCUACUGCAAGAGCUGGUGGACAAAUUGCCACCACACCUCCGGCUGGACUGGGCGUUGUACAAGAAGAACGAUGGUCUUGUCGAUCUCGCAACAUUUUGCGACUAUAUGAGUGUUAUCACGUCAGCAGCAAGUGAUGUCCGCUCCACUAGCACGACUGUGGGAAGCGAGAAACAGAGGAAGGAAAAGGCUUUCGUGAAUGCUCACGUGUCUGCUGAGCCGCGAAACUUCGAGCAGAGAAAGAAGACAGAAAACCAGGAGAGACCUUGCUACAUCUGCCAGAGCGUGAAGCAUCGAAUCAAGGACUGCCACAAAUGGUCAUGGAAGUCGACACGCACCUGCGGUGUCGAUGGUUGCGCCAAAAAUCAUCAUCCGUCUCUUCAUCCGAGUCAGCAAACUGGCACCAAGCCUACUUCUUCAGACAGUAGCGGAGUGCGGCCAAAAUCGGACGCCGUUGUGAGUGUUCACCGUCGAAGUCAAAGCGCAACGAUAUUUCGUAUAAUCCCGGUGGUAUUGUAUGGCAAGGGAGCGCAAGUAUCUACGUUCGCUUUCCUUGACGAAGGAUCUUCAUCGACGCUCAUCGAGAAAGAAGUCGCAGAUCAGCUUAACCUCGACGGUGAGCUGCAGUCGUUAUGUUUGACGUGGACGGCGAAGGUUUCUAGACACGAAGCGGACUCCGGAUUGGUCAACCUGAAGAUUUCUGGUGUGGAGGGCAGUAAAAGUUUCCCCUUGACUGGCGUGAGCACCGUCCGCCAGCUGGAACUUCCAGUACAGUCGCUACGGUAUGGAGAAUUGUCUCAACAGCUCCCAUAUUUGGCCGGUCUACCGGUGAAAAGUUACGAAAAGGUCGUUCCGAGAAUCUUGAUUGGGCUGGACAACAUUAAAAUGUCGCUGCCUCUCAAGAAGCGGGAAAGAUGUCCAAGCGGGUCAGUAGCAGCAAGAACGAGACUAGGAUGGACGGUAUUCGGAAGCGUAGGUGAUUCGAAGAUGGAUUCGAGGUCGCCGCUAUUGCACAUUUGCAAGAGCGCGGAGGAUAUCAAGCUACACGACCUGGUGAAAGGAUAUUUCGCGGCGGAGAACUUGGCUGUAUCCGUAGCUUGUGGACCAGAAGCGGAAGAGGAUCGUAGAGCGAAGGAAAUUUUGCGACGAACAACGGUGAAGAGAGCCGACGGCCACUACGAAACCGGAUUGCUGUGGAGGAGUGAUGUAGUGGAACUGCCGUCCAGUUACGACAUGGCAGUGCGUCGUCUAAUCUGUCUAGAACGGAAGUUAAGUAAGCGUCCAGAGCUGCAGGCGAGUUUGGAGAAGCAGAUCUCCGACUAUCAGUGCAAAGGCUAUGCCCACAAAGCCACGCCUCAGGAGUUAGAAGGAAGCGACCCGAACCGGACAUGGUAUCUGCCAAUCGGAGUUGUCACAAACCCACGGAAACCCGGUAAGGUAAGGUAUCAUCUGGGACGCGGCUGCCAAACUGUAUUGUGCCGGUUUCGACAUCGGCAAGUAGCGAUUGCAGGCGACAUCCGCGAGAUGUACCACCAGCUGAACAUAAGAGAGGAGGACCGACAAGUUCAGCGGUUUCUUUACCGGACAGACCCAUCAACGAAACCAGAAAUCUUCGUGAUGGACGUGGCGAUCUUCGGGUCCACGUGUUCACCGUGUUCAGCAAACUUCGUGAAGAAUAAGAACGCGGAAGAAUGGAAGGACGAAUACCCGGAGGCGGCUACAGCAGUGGUAGAAAACCAUUAUGUGGAUGACUACCUGGACAGUCGCGAUACGGAGGAAGACAUGACAAAGCUGGCAACGGAUGUGUGGAGCGUGCAAGCAGCAGCCGGCUUCGAGUUGCUAAACUGGCGAUCAAAUUCGGAAAAAGUGAUGAAGUGCCUGGACGAGAAACCAGCGGAGUCGCCGAAAGAUUUCAGCAUCGACAAGGAGAGCCAGGAGGAAAAAUAA